CUAUAUAUAAAUAACACUCGUGAGUGAUGAGUCUGCGAUUCACCAGCAUUCCAUUCCAUCGACAACACAAUCCAUCAACAACUUCCAUUACCUCUGCAACAGACCUGCAUCGCAAGAUGAGGACUACUAGUCGCCUGAUGUUCCUAUUUGCCAUCGCUGCCCUCCUGCUAGCAUCUUCAGAUCUGACGACAAAGGUGGCGGCCGGAUGCGCGCAUCCCGUUUCGGUAAUCCUUUACCCAGGCAGGCGAUGUGAUCGCGGAACCUGCGAGAAGAGCUGCGCCAAGGAAUUCAACGGCGGCAAGGGCACCUGCAUGAGUCCCAAUGGAUGCGACUGCGAGUACUGCGCGCGAGUGCCGCGCCUGAUUUCCUCUCCGCGAAACCGCGCGUAGCAGUAGAUCGAUCAAAUGCAGUAGAACCUGGUUGGGCCCGAUUGGCUGGCGUUUGCGAGUUUUCGUACCAAAGCAACGAGAGAGAGAGAUGUAGUAAACCAUGCACUGUUGUAGAGAAUUGAAACAAGUGACAUGCUUUUA